AAGCACUUUAGCGUCGUUCAGUAAAUCACCUGAGAUUCAUUCCUUAUCUGAUUUCUCUUCGUCUUUCACUUGUUUACCUAGAGAGGUCUAAAAUUUCAAAGAAAUGACCGCCUGCAUUACUGAAGACAUUUCCAUAACUUCAAUUGACUUGUCAGACAUAACCAGCUCGUCGUCCAUUUCUGAUAAAGUCUGUGUACACUGGGGAUGUGAGCUCAGUUCCAGCCAAACCGCAGCUGUAUUUGAGGCAGAAGAUGAUCUUUUGGAGAACCAGUUCUUCAUCAAAACAAUAUGCCUGAGUGCACAGGCAAGUGAUGAGCUGCAUGUUGUUGCUGUAUCUGACGGAGUUGGCGAGUCCAAACCUGUUCCGAUUGCGACCCUACGUCACUGUAUGCCCAUGGUUAGCUUUCCUGCCUUGGAGCUCAUGCCGCCUGUUACCUUCAAUUUAUGUUCAGGCACAGGGCCGGUGUUCAUUUCUGCACAACACAUUACACUUAAUCCUACUGAAAACACAGAAGAAGAAGAAGAAGAAGAAGAAGUAGAAGAAGAAGAAGUAGAAGAAGAAGAAGAAGAAGAGGAGGAUAGAGGAGGAAGCUUCUAGGUUGACGAUUUGACAGACUGAAUUACCAAUCAAAUGUGUGGAUAAAUUUCACCAUUUUUUGAGAUCAAAAUGUGCAGCUCGGAUGCGUGGGUUCAGUACAGUAUGUGUAUUUAAAUGAACGUGUAUGAUGUUUGUGAUUCAGAAUCAAAGAAAUGUGUAAAGGAAAACAUAUCCAAAAUCUUGCAGUAUACAGUAUUUAGGCAGCUAGUUGGGAUGUUAUUUGUCUGUCUGUCUUUUUUUGUUUUUUUUUAAAGAACUAAUCAGAUACAGACGAUGAACCCACGGUCAAGUGCUUGUUUCCUGAAAUGAAUGAAUGCUAUGCAAAUUAGAAAAGAGCAAAGAUGAUUGCUGCAUUGAAUUCACUGAUGCAUCUUAAUAUAUGAAUAGAAGUGGGUUUGAUCAUCUGUCUGACCCUGAAUAAUAAUGGUUUGUAUUGUUAAUGUGAUAAGUGUGGUGUUUUUUGUUUUUUUUUUUUGAAUUAGAAGAA